AGGCUGUUGAGCAGACAGUUAAAAACUAUGCUUGUGUACUGUAGAAGUAGAGGUGUGCAUAGUGUAUUGCCAGAAGAAUGAGGCAGCAGUGUGCGAUCUACAGGAUGAUUGACAGUUGCCUGUGCUGAGUCACAAAGCAGAAUGUCCGGUGUGCCCUGCGGGGCCUUGCAACACCACACUGUGCCCGUAGCCUGUGCCAUCAUCUGUUCCUGGCUGCUGAUCAUGGUCCACACAGCCUUUUGCCAGAAACCUGCUAAGCUGCCUCUAGUGAGCCGUAAGCCUUUCCUGGCAGCCUGGAAUGCUCCACUGGACAUGUGUACCUUAAAGUACAAUAUCAAUGUCAGUCUUGAUCUUUUCCACAUCAGCGGCAGUCCACGAGCGGUCCACACGGGCCAAAAUGUCACCAUCUUCUAUGCUAACCGCCUGGGCUACUACCCUUUCUACAAUGAGCAAGGAGUUCCCAUCAACGGAGGCAUACCUCAGAAUUCUAGCCUUGAAGCACAUCUUCACAAAGCCAGAAAAGACAUAGCACACUUCAUACCUUCGGAAGACUUCCGUGGCUUGGCUGUAAUCGAUUGGGAGUUCUGGAGACCGCAAUGGAGUCGGAACUGGCACAAGAAAGAAAUUUACCGACAGAAUUCACGUGAUCUGAUCACACAGGCGUAUAUUAAUGUGACCGAAGAGCAGGUGGAGGAGUUGGCGCGUUUGCGAUUCGAGAAGACCGCCAUGGAGUUUAUGCAGGGCACUCUACAGCUUGGAACUCAAACUCGCCCACAUGGUCUCUGGGGUUUCUACCUGUACCCAGACUGUCAUAAUUACAAUGUACAUGCACAUAACUACAGUGGCACAUGCCCCCUACUGGAGACCCUUCGGAACGAUGAGCUGUUUUGGUUGUGGAACAGCAGCACUGCCCUUUUCCCAGCCCUGGCAAUACGCAAGGACCACACGGACAGCAUUCACAACCUGCACUUUUCGAAGAAUCGGGUACUGGAGUCGCUGAGACUGGCCUCCCUUACCUCGCUGCCCUAUGACCUGCCUACAUACGUUUACACACGACUGGGCUAUAGGGAUGAGGCAAUGGCAUUUCUGACUCAGAAGGACUUGAUACACACAAUAGGAGAAAGUGCUGCUUUGGGAGCUGCAGGAUUUGUAAUAUGGGGAGAUCUUAACCUCACUUCUUCAAGGCACAACUGUUCCAAAGUGAAGGCAUUUCUAACCCAUAGGCUGGGUCAGUACAUCACUAACGUUACCCGGGCAGCAGAAGUCUGUAGCGAAUUCCUAUGUCAGUCGAACGGACGCUGCGUCCGCCGAGACCCAGAGGCACCCCACUACCUGCACCUGAGCCGCGCCAGCUACCGCAUCCUGAACAACCGCAACGGCACCUUCACCGUGACGGGCUGGCACUCCCAGCACGAGCUGCAGCUGCUGGCCGAGAGAUUCCGCUGUCAUUGUUACCUGGGUUACGAGGGGGAUCGCUGCGAAAGCAUAGAGCCAAUAGAGAAAGAGGAGGACAACAUGAUAAAAGAGGAGGUGGAGGACGAUAAAAAGGAGGAACAGCAGAGACAUGAAGAGACAAGGGAUACUGCUGUGCCUUUACAAAAUGCCUUCGUACUGACCGCUCUGCUUCUCUUGUUGAACUUCAGUGGCAUUUAAAGAGAUUGUUCACUCAAAAAUGAAAACUGUAAUUAUUUACUCACCCUCAUGUCAAUCUUGAAAAAAGUCUACUAAUGUGUUCCACUGAAAAAAUAACACGGGUAAGUAAAUAAUUAUGCUUUUUUUGUGUGAACUAUUCCUUAAUGGAAAUGUGGCCACAAAGCCACACAAUGGCACAUCAUAACUCAGUUGGGUUUCAAUUUAAGUGAAUUUGCAUUAUUGAAGAUUAUUGUUACAAUUAACGAUGAUGUAUGGUAAUGUAGACCCAAGCCUUGUUUGCACAAACUGGAGUCUGAAUAGAUUCAUAUGACUGUUCUGAAUCUUAGUUCUCUACCAUUAUAUGAUCAAAUAUGAAUUGAAUGCUGGAUUCCUGUUAAUAUGUCAAUGUUUUUAAUAGGAAACGUUUCAGCUAUGCAGUUUUUUUUUUUUUUUUUUUUAACAAAGCACUGACAUCAAGAUGCUUUCCUGCAACUUGCGACCCAAGACUAUAAAAGCCUAUCCCUUUAAACAAUGCUUGCUGUCAGAGCACUUUAAAGUCAGGGAGCAAACUUACCUAAAACGGGGAACAUGAAGAUGUAGCCUUCUGUGAUUGAAAAAAAAAAAAAAAAAAAUAAUAAUAAUAAUAAUAAUAAUAAUGCUUUAUAAUGUAAUCGAAUGCAUUUAAAACUAGCAAAAUAUGAUACUUCAAAAUAGCAACAGACAAAACAGUCUAAUUUAAACUUUAAAAAACAAAAUUACAGAUCACGUGACAUCCUAUUGCGUUCAGAAGAGGAUUAUACACUUAAGAUAUAAUCUUGGGAUUAUCAUUAUUUGAGUUAAUUGGUACUAGUGAAAUAUAUUAAACCUAUAGCCCACUGUCUUUAAUAAUAACAAUAAUAAGAUACAGAUAUAUAAAAAAAGAUAUUCCGAGCCUCAAUUAUGAUAUACAUAUUUUAGAUGAAACAAAAGUAUGGGCACAGUCACAAUACAGUUGAAGUCAGAAGUUUACAUACACCUUAGCCAAAUACAUUUAAAUUUAGUUUUUCACAAGUCCUGACAUUUAAUCGUAGAAAACAUUCCCUGUCCUUGGGCAAGGAGGCAGCGGGAACCGGCUGAAAAGUCAAAGUGAUAAUUAAUGAAACAAAAAGACACAAACAUAAACACACACGGCAGCUGCGUGUGGCUCUCUCUCUCUCUCCCAAACUGCCGCAUCCGGCUUUGUCCCUCUCCUCAGCUGAUUAGCCCGAUUGGGGGCCGGCCGUGCAUAUUCACGGCCCAGCCCCGCCCUCGUCCCAGUACCAUUGCCUUUAAAUUGUUUAACUUGGGUCAAAUGUUUUGGGUAGCCUUCCACAAGCUUCUCACAAUAAGUUGCUGGAAUUUUGGCCCGUUCCUCAAGACAGAACUGGUGUAACUAAGUCAGGUUUAUAGGCCUCCUUGCUCACACUCACUUUUUCAGUUCUGCCCACAGAUUUUCUUUCGGACUGAGGUCAGGGCUAAUACCUUGAUGGCCACUCCAAUACCUUGACUUUGUUGUCCUUAAGCCAUUUUGCCACAACUUUGGAGGUAUGCUUGGGGUCACUGUCCAUUUGGAAGACCCAUUUGCGACCGAGCUUUAACUUCAUGGCUGAUGUCUUGAGAUGUUGCUUCAAUAUAUCCACAUAAUUUUCUUUACUCAUGAUGCCAUCUAUUUUGUGAAUAGCAGCAAAGCACCCCCACAACAUGAUGCUGCCACCCCCAUGCUUCACAGUUGGGAUGGUGUUCUUCGGCUUGCAAGCCUUACCCUUUUUCCUCCAAACAUAACGAUGGUCAUUAUGGCUAAAAAGUUAAAUAUUUGUUUCAUCAGACCAGAGGAAAUUUCUCCAAAAAUUAAGAUAUUUGUCCCCAUGUGCACUUGCAAACUGUAGCUUUUUUAUGGCAGUUUUGGAGCAGUGGCUUCUUCCUUGCUGAGCAGCCUUUCAGGUUAUGUGGAUAUAGGACUCAUUUUACUGUGGAUAUAGAUACUUGUCUACCUGUUUCCUCCAGCAUCUUCACAAGGUCCUUUGCUGUUCUAGGAUUGAUUUGCACUUUUCGCACCAAACUGCAUUCAUCUCUAAGAGACAGAAUGCGUCUCCUUCCUGAGCGGUAUGAUGGCUGCAUGUUUAUACUUGUGUACUAUUGUUUGUACAGAUGAACGUGGUACCUUCAGAUGUUUGGAGGUCCACAAUUUUUGUUUCUGAGGUCUUGGCUGAUUUCUUUUGAUUUUCCCAUGAUGUCAAGCAAAGAAGCAGUGAGUUUGAAAGUAGGCCUUAAAAUACAUCCACAGGUGCACCUCCAAUUGACUCCAAUUAGCCUAUCAGAAGCUAACUGGCUAAUUGUCUAAAGGCUUGACAUCAUUUUCUGGAAUUUUCCAAGCUGCUUAAAGGCACAGUUAACUUAGUGGAUGUAAAUUUCUGACCCACUGGAAUUGUGAUAUAGUUAAUUAAAAGUGCAACAAUCUGUCUGUAAACAGUUGUUGGAAAAAUGACUCGUGUCAUGCACAAAGUAGAUGUCCUAAACGACUUGCCAAAACUAUAGUUUGCUAAUAUAAAAUCUGUGGAAUCGUUAAAUGAGUUUUAAUGAAUUCAACCUAAGUAUAUGUAAACUUUUGACUUCAACUGUACAAGCACAUUAGACUAUGAAUAUUGUUACACAGCGCUGGUUGUUGAAUUUUCUGUACUUUAUAGUUCCAAAUCCUGUUCGGGUGCCUAUAACUUGAAAGCUUUUCAAAUAGAGUACAAACACAGACACAUUAACUAGAUGACAGGUAUGGUGAACAAAUUCAUCAUUCUAUCUUAUUAAAUAUAUUUUAUCAGUAGUCUACUGAACAAAAGAUAAAUCAGUGUACUGAUCAGAUUCCUAAUAGAGAAACCUCACAACCAGAGUUAAAGCUAAUUUACAGAAAUUACAAAAAUUAAAUGACAAUGUAAUUAUAAUUGUCAUUUUUUCAAAAAUAUCUAUUCCUAAAAUGUUUGUUGUACCAAAGAUUAUAUAGAUUGCAUUUGUUUACUCAAUGCUGGAAAUGUAUGAUUGUACAUGUUAAACUGUGCUUCUGUCUUUUUUGCUCAUCUUUAUGAAACAAGCCAGAACCAUUGAUAUUGGAAAGCAACAAAGGAAGGAUGUACCUCAAACUCUUUCAGUACUUUAUCUUUGAGUAAGACCUGCAAAUUGUUACAGAUUUUUCUACCAAUUGUCAUAUAUGUCCAGUUUCAGGUUGAAGGAUAGUUGGACUAGAAUAUAUUUUCUGGCAUAUUAUUACCUACUUUUGACUCAAUGACACAUAUGUGCUGUUUUGUAAAAUAUUGCAUUUUGUAGCAUUUAGACAAUAUGGGACAAUAUUAUCAGAGCCUUUAAUGUCUGUCAGUGUCUUUAUUACCUCAGUGCUAAACGUUGCCAGUCUCCAAAUAUAUUUCCACAAACAUGUUUUGUAUUCAUCUCAAAAUGUAUUUUAUGCAAUGUGUAAUUAAAUACUUGAUGUUUUUUGUUGUUUUUUUUUUUUUUUUACAUUCAGCAAUACUACCAAAUACUCAAUAAAGACAAUGCAAUGUGCAACAAAUGUUGCUUGACUC